AUGAGGAGUAUGGAAGAUCUGCAUGCAGGGCUUAGAAAUGAAGCAAACCCUAUUAGUAUUGUGUUUGAUGAUGGUGUGGAAGAAGAAGAGGCGUUAGAUGUUGAUGAUAGACAGAUCUGGCUUUCAGACGAGCAAGAUCAUCAUAUUCUUGCAGAUGUCCACGACGCUUCUUCAAUGUUUUACACUGACUUCCCUCCACUCCCUGAUUUCCCUUGCAUGUCAUCAUCUUCAUCAUCCUCAUCCACUCCAUUACCACUUAAGGCCAUGUCGUCUUCGUCUUCGGCCACUUCCUCGACCUCUUCGGCUGCUUCUUGGGCUGUUCUGAAGUCAGAUGCAGAGGAAGACGUGGGGAAGAAAAAUAAUCACUGUCACCAACAAUUUCAAGGCCAGCAAGAUCAAGUGGUUGAUGAUAUUGCACCACCUCAAGCAGAGUUAAUUUCCACAGCCUCUAUGGAGAUCCCUCAGCAGCCACUUGAUAAUCACGGCCUUGAAGGUGUGGACUGUAUGGAUGUGAUGGAGACUUUUGGGUACAUGGAUCUACUAGAAAGCAACGAUUUCUUUGACCCAUCAUGUGUUUUUCAAAAUGAAAACAACCCAUUAGAGGAUUUUUGUUCGCAGGAGCAAAUGUCACAAGAACAACAUGCAAUGCAAGAACAUGACCGGUUGAUGAUGUUUCAGAGCAACCACAACAACAACGAAGAGAUCCAGCAGGAAGAGAAUCAGGAUCCAGAUGACAUGGCCUCGGUGUUCUUGGAUUGGCUUAGAACAAACAAAGAGACUGUCUCUGCUGAAGAUUUGAGGAGUGUGAAGAUCAAGAAGUCCACCAUAGAGUGUGCGGCAAAGCGCUUAGGUGGUGGAAAAGAAGCCAUGAAACAGUUGUUGAAACUUGUACUGGAAUGGGUUCAGACUAACCAUCUUCAGAAAAGGCGCUUCAAAGACUUAGCACCAACACAUUUUCCCAACCAAUACCAAGACCCUUUCCAAAACCCUAAUAAUUCUGUCACACCUGAAUCAAACCCAAACCCAAAUCCUUGUUUCACCAACCAGUCCACAUGGAUCCCAGCUCAGCCGCCUUAUGGUCCUGAGCCAACUGCUCCUCCGGCGGCUUAUCCUUCAAUGGUUGGGUAUAUGGGUACUGAUCCGUACACAAAUGGAGCUAGUUCUAAUAUCAAUGUCAAUAAUAGUCAAGUUUACACAGCUCCAGCUUCAGCUUCAGCUCCACCAGAGUAUCACAUGCUGGACUCCUCACAGUCAUGGCCAUCCUCACAGUUCACUAUGUCAGCGUCUCAUUACAACACAUUUCCAGACAAUAAUACUAUUCACCAACCUGCGCAAACUUUUGCUGGGUAUGGAAAUCAAUAUCCAUAUCAUCAAUAUUUUCAAGGGCACGGCGAGAGUACUCUGGUGAGGUUAGGUUCUUUAGCCACUAAAGAAGCGAGGAAGAAGAGGAUGGCGAGGCAAAGGCGGUUCUUGUCACACCAUAGACACCAUCACAAUCAACAUAACCAGCAAAAUCAAUGCAACCAGAACACAGAUCCGCAUGCAAGUGCAAGGCUUGGGAAUGACAAUUGCACCACGGCCACUGUAGCUCAGACCAAUCCGGCCAACUGGGUGUACUGGGCCUCUGGUGGUGGUGGUGGUGCAGCUUCAGCAUCUCCGGUGAUGCCGGCAGAGGCACCACUCGGACAUCAAGUAGAUCGGACUGCCAUGCAAGUCCAGAAUUUGCAAGGGAGAGUCGCAUCAGAUAGACGACCAGGAUGGAAACCUGAGAAGAACUUGAGGUUUCUUCUGCAGAAAGUGUUGAAGCAGAGCGAUGUUGGUAAUCUUGGAAGAAUUGUGUUGCCAAAGAAGGAAGCGGAGACUCAUCUCCCAGAAUUGGAGGCUAGAGAUGGUAUUUCUAUUGCCAUGGAAGACAUAGGAACUUCCCGUGUAUGGAACAUGCGCUAUAGGUAUUGGCCAAACAAUAAAAGCAGGAUGUAUCUGCUUGAAAACACAGGUGAUUUUGUGAGGGCCAAUGGACUCCAAGAAGGAGACUUUAUAGUCAUAUACUCAGAUGUCAAGUGUGGCAAAUAUAUGAUACGAGGAGUGAAAGUAAGGCAAGCAGGGCCAAAAUCUGAGAGCAAAAGGGCAGGAAAGUCGCAAAGAAACCAGCAUGCAACUUUAACGACUCCAGCCGGUGGUGUUAACAAUGCGUUAUCGUCACCCUUUACGUACCCACAAAAAACUGUAAAGUAA